AUGAUCGCUAUUUUCAUUCCCUAAGAUUAAUCGAAAUGUGACGUACUAUGGAAACUUAAAUUAAAUAUUAAGCUCUAUUUAUAGUAUAUUUUUAGUGUUAUAACUAAUAUUAGAUUAGAUGUUCUUAUGAGUCCUCAAAAAAUUGAGUAAUUUACCUAAUUAUUGAUAGACAUAUUUAAUUUAUGUAUUUUAAGGUAGUAGUUUAAAAGAAUCUGUUAGAUAUUCCACUAACAGAACUGAAGACAGUAAUUGGAUUAGCCAGGAACCCUACAUUUACAUUGCUUUUUGUUUAACAGAAUAAAUAAUUUAAACAGUUCAUUUUUUCUUGA